UCGGCGGCAGCGAUCUUAUCACCGGCGAUCUCGUCCGAGAGCGCGCGCGGCACCGUCGUCAACCUCCAGCGCUCGCAGGAAAUGGCGGACGAUGAGUUAACUGAUAUGAUGUAUGACAUGGAGUUUGGAGAACUGAUGAAAGACUGGAUAGAAGAUUGGUCAGAUGAUGAAAAUUCAGAUCGUGGAGAUAGGUCAGAGAAUGGGAACGUAUUGGAAGAUCUUAAUGAAAACAAUGAGCAUGAUGAUGGUGAGGAAAACAACUCGGAGAUCUCGAAUGAAGAUUACAUUAGUCAGCUCAUUUCCGAAUGUCAUAAUGCGUACGACUAUUACGGUGAAUCCGACGCGGAGACAGGCCUUGAUGUCGAAUCAUUAGCUGCACCUGAUUCUGGGGAGUCACAAUCGUCGGUCAUCAUGAGUGAGGAAGAAGUGAAAUGUAACUAUGUGGAAUGGGUAGACCCGGAGUGGUCAAUGGCUACGAAGUUCUGCCUGAGAGAACUAUGGAGCAUGUAUGACGAGAAGCUGAGACAGAAUAUUAAGAAUGCUGAAGAAAAAUGCAUGUUAAUUGGAGAAAAGAGGAGGACGGAGGAAGAGCUGAGAUUUUUCAAAAUGGACUUUGCUAAACUGGUGGCUGAUAAGGAGGAUGCUCUCACGUAG